UUGAUCGGAGGCUGCGCGCGCGCAACUCAAUAAACUUGAGCAGUCGUGCGGCGACCGCUCUAAAGACGCUUGUUUAACGCACGUUGUAUUUGUGACAUAAGUUGAAUGGGAAAUUGUUAAGUGUGCAAAAAGUACAAACAAAGAGAACAGAGUUACUGAAUCGAAGAAUUGAAUCAACUGACAUUGGUUUCUUUUCUGUAUAUAUUUUACGUUGAAAUGCUACCAAGAUGGCGACAAAUAAUAUCAAAACUGUUCAUAAUUCCCCAGCGGUAUGUGCUCGGCAUUAUGGGCCUGCUGGCAGUGUGCAACGCGUACACAAUGCGCGUCUGCCUCAACCUCGCCGUCACUCAGAUGGUCAACAAUACCAAGAACGAGGAGUCACAUUUUGAUCCCAAUGCCUGUCCCGAUGAAAGUGAAAUAUUGGCUAACGGAACCGUUAGUAUAAAAGAGUAUGCGAUAUUCGACUGGUCAGAAUCAACUCAAGGAUUAAUAUUAAGCGGUUUCUACUAUGGCUAUGCUAUAACACAUGUACCGGGUGGUUACUUAGCUGAGAGAUACGGUGGGAAAUGGACGCUGGGAAUAGGAUUAUUAAGUACCGCUAUCUUCACUCUCAUGACACCAGUAGUGGUCAAGGCAGGAGGAGCGACUUGGCUGUUCAUACUACGAGUACUACAAGGAAUGGGCGAAGGUCCCACGAUGCCUGCCUUAAUGAUAGUAUUAGCACGCUGGGUGCCGCCGCAUGAGAGAUCCCGGCAGGGAGCCUUGGUAUUCGGUGGCGCACAGAUUGGAAACAUAUUUGGAUCUUUCAUGUCGGGAUUCCUAAUGGCAGGGAAUGGAGAUUGGGCUAAUGUAUUCUACUUCUUUGGUUGCUUUGGAAUUUUGUGGUUUAUAUUCUGGAGUAUACUCUGCUACAGUACACCGAAUACACAUCCCUACAUAUCUGAUGAGGAGCUUAAAUAUUUAAACGAACACGUCACAAGUGCAGAUAAUAAAAGCGUACGCGACCCCGUCCCUUGGAAGGCCAUUGUUAGAUCCGUUCCCGUGUGGGCUCUUUUGUUUGCUGCAGUAGGCCACGAUUGGGGUUACUACACAAUGGUGACAGAUCUUCCAAAGUACAUGACAGACGUGCUUAAAUUUAACAUCGCUACUACGGGUACCCUCACUUCCAUCCCCUACCUUGCCAUGUGGAUCAGCUCCUUUAUAUUCGGCUGGGUAUGCGAUGGCUGCGUCAAAAAAGGCUGGCAUUCUAUUAAAACUGGAAGGAUUAUUCAUACAACAAUAGCUGCAACGGGUCCCGCUAUAUGCAUCAUCUUAGCAUCAUAUUCGGGCUGCGAUCGUUUCAAAGCUGUCGCUUAUUUUAUUGCCUCCAUGGCCCUCAUGGGAGGGUUCUACAGUGGAAUGAAGGUUAACGCACUUGAUUUGGCGCCAAAUUACGCGGGCUCUUUAACAGCAAUGAUAAAUGGGACAUCAACAAUAUCGGGAAUAAUCACACCCUACCUCAUCGGUUUAUUAACGCCUGACUCGACGCUUGUGCAAUGGCGUGUCGCUUUCUGGGUGUGUUUCGCUGUUUUGGUGGGCACCAAUGUGAUUUACUGCAUCUGGGCAGAUGGUAAACAGCAAUGGUGGGAUGACGUUAGACAAUAUGGCUACCCACCAGAUUGGAAACACGGUAGCUUACAAUCAUCCAAAGAAGACAAGGAGAAAAAUAAGAAGGCGGAAUCGGCGCUUUAGUAUGUAAUUUAUUUCUAAAUAAUCUGUAAAAUAGAAUGUUAAUGUAUUUGAAUAAAUGUAAACGUGUUUAUAUACUUCCACGUAUUUUUAAUAGAAGAGAUAUAACUAUGGGCAUCUGGAUAUUUUUUUCAUCAAAUCUUAAACUAUGUAACAAAUGUCCAGAAUGAACAUGGAACGUAACCAUUGCCGAUGUUUUUACAACUCUUGUUAAGUAAAUAUUCUAUAAGUAUUUACAUUUAUUUAUAACUCUAAUUGUAAUAGUUUCAAGAUAUUACAAUUAUAUAAAUUAUAUUUGAUUUCGAUUCAAGUAUAUAAUG